AUGGCCAAGACCGAGAAUUUGAGAGCUGACCGUCUCUUCAGUACGAAGGGGCAUGUUUGUGUAGUCACUGGUGGCGGAACUGGUAUUGGGCUGAUGGCAACGCAAGCACUAGCAGCGAAUGGAGCGAGAGUCUACAUCACAGGCCGACGAAUGGAAGCUCUUGAAAACGCUGCAAAAACACACGAGCCAUCGAUGGGCGGUGAAAUCAUCCCAGUAGGACCAUGUGACGUUACGAAGAAAGAAGACCUCGAGAAUCUGGUUGCAGAGAUUUCAAAGAAGGAGAAGUUCAUCAACGUGCUCGUCUGUAAUGCUGGUAUCUCGGGACCGAAAGCUGAGCCGGAGAGUGAAAAUGCAACGGAAUUGAAGGAAGCGCUAUUUAAAGGAGAGAGUUUCCAGGAAUGGUCGGAUACGUUCAAUACUAAUGUGUCAGGUGUCUAUUUCACAACCGUAGCCUUCCUCCCUCUCCUCCAAGCAGGUAAAGAAUCCCAUGGCCACCUCUCCGCCUCCGUGAUAGUCAUCUCUUCUAUGUCGGGCAUAAUGCGUCACGCACAAGGCCAUUUCAGCUACAACGCCGCCAAAGGAGCGACCGUCCACCUCUCCAAACUCAUGUCCUACGAGUUCAAGAAGGCAGGUAUCAGAGUCAACAGUAUCGCGCCUGGAUACUUCCCUAGCGAGAUGACGACGGACGAGAGUGAUCAGGAUCAGAAGAGUGGAAUCCCCGACGAGACAAUCAAGGAGAAGGGUCAUGUACCUGCGCAGAGAGCUGGGAGUGAUGAGGAGAUGGCGCAGGGGAUCAUAUUUUUGGCGAAGAAUAAGUAUGUCAAUGGCGAGAUUAUUGCUAUUGAUGGAGGUGUGCUGCUUGAAGUUCCUGGAAGAUAG